AUGAAACGUGUUAAUUUUACUACAACAACUACUAAUGAAACAACAUCGAUUAAUUUACAAGGUUAUGUUAUUGGAGUUUCUAAUAUGAUAAAAAAUGAAAACAACUCUAAUCAUCAUUAUACUUUAACGAUGGAAGGUCAUAAUAGUUCUGUUAUAACUGUAAUGCGUUAUGUAAGUUCAAAUGCUAUUUGCCGUCUACACGCACAAUUACGAAUAUUAUCUAAUAAUCAACAUGCAUUUGAACUAUUACAUUUAAAAGCAAGUGCAGGUUCAUAUACAAUAACAAAUGAAACUCGUUUAGUUGAAAAGCAAAUAGCAUUUCAACCACAAUGGUGCAUUACUCAAGAUAUUUUAUUUUUAAAGUCGUUAGCAGAAGAAAAAAUAUGUGCUGUAGAAUGUAAAAUUAUUCAUGUUAAUCGACCUGAACCAUUUACAGUUACAUCUGGUUAUAAACGAACUCAAAAAUUACGUAAAGAAAUAAUUGUUGCUGAUAAAACUGGUGCUAUGAUAUUGAACAUAUAUGAAAUUCAUUUUAAUUCAAUAACUUCUGGUCUAUCUUAUAAAAUAAGUGCAUUAAAAACACGUUCAUUCAAAGAUAUUAUAUCAUUGUCAGCAAUCACAGAAACAAAAUUUGAACUUAUUCCUGAUUUAAUUGAUGUAUCAUAUGAUACUACUUCAUUAACAGCUUCAUUGAAAAAAAUAGAUGGUAAAAUUAUUCGACUAGAACCAGAUCUAUGUUAUAAUAAGGACAACAACGAUACGUGUUCUUAUAUGGCUACAAUAGAAACAUCGCCUACAGAAGAAUAUACAUUAUUUGUAUCCCGCGAUUGCCUUUUACAAUGUCUUAAUAUAUCAGAAGAUUCUUCGAAAAUUACCGAAAUUAUGCUGUACAAUUUAAUAGAACAACAACAGUUCAUGUUGUCAAAUGUUCAAUGCAUUUAUGAAAUUAGUUCAGGAAUAAUAAAAUUUAUUGAACGACAAAAUUCAAAUAUAAUUAAUACAUUAAUUUCAUGGCCCUAUUUAUUACCACAAUCGUUUGAUGUUCAUACAUUAAAUAAAGUAUGGGCUUAUUAUCGUACUGAUCUCUUUUCUUUAUAUGUGCGAUUAUUUUCUUAUUCACCUUUUGUUUAUCGACCAAAAUAUACACUUGUCAAUAUUUUCAAAGUACCAUUUCUAUUAAAACCUGAUUCUUUAACGUCUUAUGAGCAACACUUUUUCAAAUUACAUGGUCAAUAUCCACCGGUACCUCCACAUGUUAUUUCUAAUUUCGAACAAUUUUAUUCAAAUUUAAUUCAACGAUAUCAAUUCGAUAAAAUAGCUCCUUUUAUCGAUUUUAACAAAUUUAUUUUGGCUGGUGGUUCAGUUUUAAUAUCAAUGUUACGCAAUGUAUCACAACCUAUAUCAUCUGAUCUUGACUUUUUUUAUAUUGGUCAUACAUUUAACGAUUUUUUUCAAUCAUUUACCAAUAUACGAGAAAGACUAACCAAUUUAUAUAUUGUCAAACAUAUGAUUUUAUCAAAACGACGAGUAUAUCAACUCGAAGUUAUAUUUGCUUCGACAAUGGCCGAAGUUUUAAACCAAUCAAAUAAUGAAAAUAAGAUAAUACUACAAUUUAUUUAUCAUCCAUCAGUAUCUUCCAUUCAAUCUUAUUUAAUGGCAUUUGAUGUAGAUAUUGUACAAGUGGCGUAUAAUGGUACAGAAGUACUUUCUACAUGGUCAUUUAUUCGUGCAUUAAAUACAGGCACGUUUAUUUGCUUUAAUUUAAUAAAUGAUUUACAGAAACUUGGUCGUACUGCACUUCGUAUUGUGAAAUACUGUCAAAGAAGUUUCAAGUUGUUAUAUCCACAUGAUUUUCAAAUGGAAAAUUUUUUAUGUUUACCAAUUAGUCAAUUAAACAUCAAUAAACCUAAUUAUUAUUCUUUAUCACACGCACAAUUCGGAUCUAAUAAUGAUUUUUUUCAAUUACAACAAAAAUUUGUCGACACAUUUAUUAAUCAAAAUUUUUAA